AUAAGGUUGAAACUUCAACAAUUGUGAAUUGUUGGGUAAAAACUGGAAUCCUUCCGGCAUUAUCUGGUGAUGAAAUUAAAGACUUGGCGGAUUUUGAAAAAGAUGAAAACGAUGAAUUGAUCAUAGACCUAACAGCAAAUUCAUUAGACCCGACAAUCGAACGUGAAAUAAAUAACUUCAAUAAUCUAAAUAAUUCUCAAAUACUUACAGAGGAUGUUCUUAAUGAAAUGCAAAUUAUGCAUAUUGUAUUAGAUGAACAACGAGAAUAUGAAGAAGGUGACGCAAGUGACACAGAUGAUAAACCACCCAAAGUUCCUGUCGUGGAAGGACUAAAUG